UUCCAUUCAACUCCUCACCUAUAUUUUAAAUUUCCCAUCACUUGACUUUCCAAAUUCUUCUUUCUUAAGCAAAAAAAAAAAUAUCGAUAUUCGAUUUUCCAGGAAAAUUAUAGUCGUAGCUUUCCCGGACAGUACCGCUCCGAUUUACCUCUAAAUAAUACAAGAAGAGAAGAGAAGGCAAUCCAGGAAGGAAGGAAUCCUUCAUUUUUGUUUGUUUGUGAUAUAAAAAAGAAUGGGGCAACAGCAAUCAAAGGACGAGUUGCUGUAUCAGCAAGUGAAUUGCAGCAAUAUAGAAGGAAUCAAAAAUCUUUGCAGAGAAGGCGCUGGCCUCGAGUGGAUUGAUAAAGAAGGAAAAACACCACUGAUAGUGGCGUGUUUGAAUCCUCAACUUUUUAACGUGGCUAAAACUUUGAUUGAGCUCGGUGCUAAUGUUAAUGCCUAUCGCCCAGGUCGUAAUGGGGGGACUCCCUUGCAUCAUGCGGCAAAAAGAGGUCUUGAAAAUACUGUCAAGUUACUUCUUUCACAUGGAGCAAAUGCAUUAGUGAUGAAUGAUGAUUGUCAAACUCCUCUAGAAGUUGCUAGGGCAAAAGGGUACGGCAAUGUUGUCCGGGCAAUUGAGAGUCAUAUUUGCCUAUUCUCUGGUUGGUUGCGGGAGUUUUAUGGACCUGGAUUUCUAGAAGUAUUGGCACCUCGGUUGGUUUCAAGAAACAUAUGGGUUGUUGUUUUACCUACUGGUUCCCGUAGUCCUAGAAUGCCUUACAAGUUGGAGCUUGCCAUUUAUUCUAGAUUGCAGGAUGCUCAACCACACGCGAUAAUUGCAUUGUGGAAAGCGAAUCUGGAAGAACCAAAGUUUCACCACUCCGAUCCUACCGUGAUGAUUGUUGACAACUUCACUAAAACACGCAUUAAACUCGCACCUGCAAAGGAAAGAGACAAGCAACAGCUUCGGUGGUUUUGUGAUGCAUGCAAAGGAAUACCACAGGUAAUGCAUCCUCCAGAAUUUCUGUCCAAAUCUCAGAAUCUGGCUGUUCAAGCAACUGCUCCACCAUCUGAUGAAGAUCCAGAGAUAGCAAUGGCAAUAAAUGCCUCCAUUCAGUCUGCCACGGCAGAGCAACCUAUUUCUGAUACCCACUCUAGCACUGGAGCAAGUUCAUCCACUAGCUGGAAUUGCCCUGUUAAUGCUGGCGGUCAAGGUGCUGUGGAUGUGCCAGCAGCACCUCCUCCAAAAACAACUAGCAGCGGAUGGACACCUUAUGAAGGUGUAUCUAGUGGCAGCUCAACUCAGCAAACCAAGAUCUUGAAUAGCAGCGUUGCUGAUGUCCAGACAGCAACUGAUGCCCAAGAUUCAGUCCCAUCAGCUCCACCCAGUGUAGAUGAGCUUAUAGAAGAUGGUCCCAUUCACUAUCCAUCAAUUGAUUCCAGCCCCCUUGAUAUUUCUUCCCUGCCCAUUGAGAAUUUACCAGAAAACACAGGUGAAAAGAAAGAAGAUGGAGGUUCAUCAUCAUGUGUAAUAUGUUUAGAUGCUCCAGUUGAGGGAGCUUGCAUUCCAUGUGGCCACAUGGUUGGAUGCAUGUCUUGUUUGAAGGAAAUCAAAGCCAAGAAAUGGGGUUGCCCUGUGUGUCGUGCCACAAUUAACCAGGUUGUAAGGCUCUAUGCUGUUUGAUUCUUGCUGAAGAAUGAAGCUAUAAAUGGUAAGUUUGGCAGCGCAAGAGAAUUGACAACUUGAGUUGCUGCAGUUGGGCAACUUCUGGAACAUUUUACUCGCCUACUUGUGAUUUACUUGUGAUUAGUAAGACCAUGUAUGGGUAUGGGUUCUUUAAGGGUAUACCUUAUGUGAGCCUUGUGUGUAUAAUUUCUUUGUAUACAUAAGAUUCCAAUGUGCUUGUAUAUGAAGUCAUAUAUGAACUGCGUAAAAGGGAUUCAAUGCUUUUGCAAUUUUCAAGGUAAUCAUUUAUGAACUAAUUCUAUACACACACUUCCUCCGUAA